CUAAUAUAGUGUGAUGAAUUACCCAGUAGAGAACAUAACACCACAAAAAAUAAGAUUAUAGCUAUACUUUCAGAUCCACGAAAGUUGAAUCUAAGAAAAUCCCAUCUUCAAAGAAGGAAUAGACUUCCCAAGUCUUAUACAAAGGUUGAGCAUGGCGAGGGCCAUAAUAAUCUUUUUUGGUCUCCUAGGUAAUAUUACAACAGGGCUACUCUAUAUUUCCCCUGCAAAUGUGUUUUGGCGGAUCCUGAAGCGUAGAUCAACAGAGGAAUUUGAGAGCAUCCCUUAUGUUAGCAAAUUACUGAAUGCUUACUUUUGGGUUUACUAUGGAGUUAUUAAACCUGACAGUAUUUUGAUUGCUACCAUAAAUAUGUUUGGUGCUCUUGUUGAGAUUAUUUUUCUAUUCAUCUUCCUUCUUUAUGCACCUCCAAGAAUGAAGAUUAGGACUGCUAUUCUUGUGGUUGUUUGUGAUGUGGUAUUUCCAGCAGGAGCAAUUUUGCUUACCCAAUUUCUUCUCCACGGUGAUACUCGAAUUGAUAUUGCGGGGUUGUUGUGUAUGAUCUUCAGUAUGAUUGCCUAUGCUUCUCCUCUUUCUGCUAUGAAAACAGUAUAUUUGACAAAAAGUGUUGAGUACAUGCCAUUCCUUCUUUCGCUUAUCUUUUUCUUGAAUGGUGGAGUUUGGACUGUCUAUGCUGUACUUGCAAAAGACACAUUUGUUGGAAUACCAAAUGGGACUGGAUUUUUCCUUGGAAGUCUUCAGCUGGUUCUCUAUGCAAUAUACUGGAAGCCAAAGUCAUCCGGGCAAGUGGGGGACGAUUUAGACAAUCAACAGCAGACAGAACCGCUCAUCAAAUCUUCAAAACAGUUGGAACAGACAAACGAAGAUGGUGUUGCUGUCAUUGUAUAAUGCUGCUCAUAAAUUGUCUGUAUAUGCCAGAAGAUAAAGGUUUUGGUAAUAAGGAUAAUAAUCUCAUAUUAAGGGCAGAGGAAUGGAAGGUGUUCCUUUUAAUACGAGUCAAGACAUCUUUAUGGCUAGCUAGUAGCUACUAGCAUCAGAUGUCUUUUUUUCUGUACUUGGCAUUAAAAAGAUUUUUAGAAGUUCACCAUUUUGGUUUUUCAUUGAA